UUUUCUAUAAGAACCCAACCCCAUGAUUCAUCACAAAACUAGACUCCAACGACCCAACCACAGAUCAUGGCUAACUCAACAUCACCGGUGCCGCCAGUCAGCGGUGGUGCUAAGGGAAGACGAAAGAUGCCCAACUCAAGGGGCCACCCUAAAUACGUAGGGGUACGACAGCGGCCGUCGGGGCGGUGGGUGGCGGAGAUCAAGGACUCGUUACAGAAGGUCCGUUUAUGGUUAGGGACAUUCGACACUGCCGAGGACGCUGCCCGGGCGUAUGACCAAGCUGCCCGAACUUUACGUGGAGAUAACGCGCGUACCAAUUUUGAGCUACCGAAUUCAAACGAUGUUCCGUGUGUGUCACUUGACACCGAGCCGUUUUCUUUUGAGGAGGCGUGUAGUUCAGACGGUGGCGAUGAAGGUCUUCUUGGCGUGCUCAAGGCGAAGCUUAGCUCAAAACAUACAAAAACGACUAAUGUGAUGUGUUUUAACAGUACAAGAAAGAGAAAAGCAUCGCCACCACCACCAUCACCGCCUGAUCAGGCGGUGAAGUGUGGUGGAGGCAAGGUGGUGGUUGAUAUUUUGCCGCCUGAUCCAGAUCGUGUUUGUGAUGCCAUUGAGGUCGCGAGUCCUAACCACUACGACGGGUUGAUCCAACCAUGCUAUGAGCCGCUACCUCCAGCAACGGAGCCAUGGUCUAGUGAAAUUCCAUGGGUGGCGAGUAACCAAUCAAGUGGCUUGUUUGAGUCUAGUCUCAUGGAUUCCAUGUGGCCGGUGUUUUCAACCGAGGCUAACCAGUUAACUGGAACCGGGAUUUGGCCAUCGGAUCAACCGGUGGUGCAGUGUGAGUAUGGUUGGGAUGGUGGUGGUUUGAGUCAAUAUUCCACUAAUAGUGUUGCAAUCAAUGCUUCUAAUUGGGAUCCUUUCGUUUAUGUAAAUUCAGUUCUAGGUUGACACAUGACAUGAUAUAUAUAUAGUUCUUUAAUUAGAUUAACAAUUCUUUAUCCUUGUAAAUUCUUCCAAAUAGGAUUGUGGGAUAUAUAAUCAACAACUUGGAUAUAUCAAAAUUAAUCCAAUAAAAAAGACAACUUCUAGUUUAGACAAAGACGACUUCACCUGCCUUCCUUAAAGCUAAAAUAACGUGAGAUAAAAUAAUUAAAAAAAAAAGGCUCUAACAUAUGUAGAAUGCUUAUCAUUUCCAAAACCUUCACCUUCUUCGUUGUCUCUGCGUUCUUGUCAAAACCUGUUUUCUCAUUUUCCCUCUCAUGCAAUUUGCUUCAUGGAUGACGUGUACUUCAUUUUCCAUUGUAGAUGAGGCCAA